CCUCCCCCAGCACAGAAGUGAAACUCACUUGCACUCAGGCAUCAACAGCAUCCAACUCUUGAAAAUGUCAAAAUUAAAAGUGUCAAACACCACGGUUUACACGCAGGGAGAAGAAGUGAGAAGUGGCUACCUGUACAAAUCCCCUCCACCUAUUCCUCUGAUUUCAAUGAAAUCACAGAAAUCUUGGAAACGUCGUUUUUUUGUGCUCUUCAAGACGAGCGAGGGUGUUUACACCCUCAAGUACUUCAGAAGUGAGAAGAAGAAUAAAGCCCUGGGAGAGAUAGACUUGUCAGAAAUCAAUACGCUGCUCUUCUGCCCUGAGAGCCCCAGUAUGUGGGGAUGUAUUCACAAAAUGUUCAGGUGCCCAGCCUCUUGUGUGCUCCUACUGCGUACCAACAGCCGAGACUAUUUCCUCGUUGGAGAGAACAGCUGGGACACCAAUGGCUGGUUUGAUGCCCUUUACAACAUUCUGCAAGGUCAAAAUCAGGUCAGGUAUCAGGAUGUGGAUGUGGGGAAACCCAGAACCUGCUCCGCCCCUCCAGUGCCUAGGACUGAGCAAACUCAUCAGGCCUCUGAUAGAGAAGCCAAGUCAAAGUCAAUGCCAUUGCCACCACUAAGUCAGCCAGUAAAUAGACCCGUCUGUCUGCUGCCUCCGUAUCCACCCAACACUCAAGCCUCCCUGAUUGAGGCCACAGGCCCAUCUGCAGCUGAGGAGCCCAUUCAUGCUGUUUCAUCAAGUCUGCCUGUCAAACCAGCACAACAGACCUAUGACAAAAAAGUCAGGCCAAAGUCGAUGCCAUUGCCACCACCAAGUCUGCCAAGAGAGACAAACCCAGCACGUCUCUACGCUGUUCAUGAGAACUGGCCUUUUAAGGCACCACCACAGGUACCAAAGAGUGACGAGAAUGAGGAGGGCGCCGACUGCGGUGUGUACCAGGACAUGGCUACAUUGUGCAAUGUAAUGAAGGCAGAGGACAAGGAGCCUUCCGAGGAGUCAAUGCCAUUGCCACCACCAAGUCUGCCAAGAGACACAAACCCAACACAUUUCUACGCUGUUCAAGAGAAUUGGCCUUUUAAAGCACCGCCACAGAUACCAAAGCUUGAUCAGACAAUAAAGGAUGCUUUGGCAGAGCCGGACACGCUCAGUGAUGAGGAGGACUUUCCAGCCAGUGCUCCAGAACAGGACAACACACAACAAAACCCCAUAAGAAUUGAGACUAGUAGCCACACAAAAAAACGUAAAACAAACACAGCUGACAACAUUGAAAAACAGAAAUUGGACAUUUUAAAAGAUAUGGCAACAGCCAUUCAAAAACAAGAUAGCGAUAGGACCUUUGGCGUCCAAAUCGCUGAGGAACUAAAGCUGAUAAAAAAUCCGAUCAUCAAAACCAGGCUAAAAAGAAAAUUAAUGAAUGAUAUUUAUGAGGCACAGGAAUGUGAUUUGAUGAUAUUAUUGUAAUUGUUAUUACUAACUAAAACAA